GGCCUUACAACGGGUGAGAAUGUCCUGAAAACCAUAAGAAGAAGUACUAAGGCAGUCUGUACCAUCAGUUUAACUAUCUACAGUUAGCGAAUACAGGGAUUUAACUGUACCAAAGCACCUUUUAAUUGAGGCAAAAUGCCUCGUUAUGCACAGCUAGUAAUUGGCCCGGCGGGUAGCGGUAAGAGUACCUACUGCUCCACCAUGGUCCAGCAUUUACAGACCCUCAACCGCUCAGCUCAGGUGGUCAAUCUGGACCCAGCAGCUGAGCACUUUGACUACCCUGUCAUGGCAGACAUCCGGGAGCUCAUCCAGGUGGAUGACGUGAUGGAGGACGCUUCUCUCAGAUUUGGCCCUAACGGAGGUCUGGUCUUCUGCAUGGAAUACUUUGCCAACAACUUUGACUGGCUGGGGGAAAGCCUGGGGCAUGUAGAGGAUGACUACAUACUGUUUGACUGCCCAGGUCAGAUUGAACUUUAUACACACCUCCCUGUAAUGAAGCAGCUGGUGGAGCAGCUCCAGCAGUGGGAGUUCCGGGUGUGUGGGGUCUUUCUGGUAGACUCCCAGUUCAUGGUGGAGUCUUUUAAGUUCAUCUCAGGAGUCAUGGUUGCCCUGAGUGCCAUGGUGUCAUUAGAGAUCCCUCAAAUAAACAUCAUGACAAAAAUGGACCUGCUUAGUCCCAAAGCCAAGAAAGAGAUUGAGAAGUACCUGGACCCAGACAUGUACUCAAUGAUGGAAGAUAACUCCGAUAACAUCAGAAGCAAAAAGUUCAAGAAUCUGACUAAAGCCAUCUGUGGUCUGAUUGAUGACUACAGUAUGGUAAGAUUCCUGCCCUUUGACCGCACAGAUGAGGAAGGUAUUAACAUAGUACUGCAAAACAUUGACUUCUCUAUACAGUAUGGAGAGGACCUGGAGUUCAAGGAGCCGAAGGAGGUUGAUGAAGAGCCUGCUAACCUUAAUUAUGAUGCAUUUUUUCAAGACAAAGUUGACAGCUGAGGACUGGAGUAGUAGGACUCCAGGAUACACUAUAUCAAGUCCAGAUGGAGAAUGGCAUGACAAUAAAAAAGGGGCAUGUGUGGGUUAAAAAGACGUGAAGAUGAAGAUCAUGAAUAUCUUGUGUCAUGUACAGUAUGUUUUUGUUCUUGGGUACCUUUUUGAUGACUCAAGAAAUGUGUGAUUUCAACCCAUUCAUGUUUUUUAUUAUGUCAGGACAGUGUUUAAUUUUAAGUUCAAGAGUUGUUAAUACAUACAUGUAUUAUUGCUAUAUUUUUUAAAUAAAAUAUGACACAAAAUA